AGCGCGCGGGAACUCUCAGUGCGUCACUCCGUUAUCUGCGGUACAGAGAGCGCGCGCCACGUUGAUGGUGUUUCUGCUGAGAGUCAUUAAUGCACCUGCAGUACAGCCUCCUACUGUUCUAGCAGGACUGACCGCCUGAAGACCCGCAGAUCCUCGCUGCAGAUCUGCUGAAGCUGUGACUGCAGGCUGGGUGAAGCAACUCAUCUACAGGGAGGUGAUGUACAGUCUCCAGAGAUCUGCAUGAUAAACCUGUUCCCUGUGUUCCUCGCUGGAGAAGCUCGCAGACAUGAUUUCUGAGGGGGAAUUCGAGAUUAAAGAGGAGGAACCGUGGUACGACCACCAGGAUCUGGAACAUGAUCUUCAUUUGGCUGCAGAGUUGGGCAAAACCCUCCUGGAGAGAAACCACGAACUGGAGCAAGCCCUCCAGCAAAUGUACAGCAACAACCAGGAGCAGCAGCAGGAAAUAGAGUAUCUGUCUAAGCAGGUGGACUCACUCAGGUCAGUGAAUGAUCAGCAUGCUAAAGUCUAUGAGCAGCUGGACGCGACUGCAAGAGACCUGGAGCAGAGCAAUCAAAGACUGGUCCAGGACAAUCGCUCUGCUCAGCUUAAGAUAGAAGGGCUGACAGAGACCAUCAACGCCCUGCAGUGUCAGGUGGAAGAGCUGCAGAAGGAGAUGACGGAAAUAAAAAUGGUUCCAUCUGAGCACACAACACCGGAUCUACUGACGCCAGAGUGGCCGAAGAACACGAUUUUGGGGUUUCCACCCUUCGAGCAUUCUGCCUCUGUGAGCACUCCAUCUGUAGAGGAGGAGUACUGGGAAGAGGAGCACUCGGCUCACUUGCACUGCGUUGAGUCGCUGCAGGCGCAGCUGAACGCAGAGCGUGCCCUGAGGGAAGCUGCAGAGCAGGACGCAGAAACUCUGGCAAGAGAGCUCAGUGAGCUGGAGCCACGCCUGACUCUGCUGGACAGUUAUAAGGCUCGUCUGGCUGAGAUAGAGGCUGAAGUUGAGGAGCUCAGGCAGCUGUGGCGCUCUGAUUCGGCCCUGGCUGGCGCAGGCCGUGUCCACAGGCUGCUUCUGCCGGACACUGUGUACCUCUCCUCAGAGGAAGACAGGAGCGAGACCUUCCAGAAGAGCCACAUGCUGAAGCGCUGCAGCAGUGAGAGGCAGCUAAGAGAGGCUGGAGGCGAGGACAGUGGCCUGUGUGACAUAGAGUUUGCUAGUAUCUGCAGGGGGCAAACAGAGACUGUGAAGUACCACCGGGGCAUCUCCCUACUAAACGAAGUGGAUGCAGAGUACAGCGCCCUCCAGAGGAAGUACAGCGCUCUUCUGCGCCGCUGUGAAGACAAGCCACAAGCACUGAGCCACAAAGCCGUGCAAACAUCGCCAAUCACUGAGCACACGACCCCACCUCUAGCCAAGAAUACAUGCUCCCAGGGGGUCGGCACGCAGGAUAACGCUAACGCACCUGAAUACAAAGUCCUUUUUAAUGAGAUCUUCACUUGUAUCCAGAGGAGCAAAGAGAACCUCAGGGAGAACAGGGCUGAGUCCAGUUUAAUACCAAUGCACAAUGAAGCCUGUACUCUACAAGCCUCUUAGACUUGUCCUCAAUAAGUACUUGGCAAGUGUCCCAGCAGGGGCUUCAGAUAUAAGAGGCUACUGCUCGCUUUACAUAUGUCUUAGGCUUUGUUCAGACCUCGAGCAAAUCGGAUUUGUUUCGUAAAUCAGAUCUUUGAGGUUGAUGGGGGUGACUGUUUUCACUAUUAUUUAUGUGCUUAGAUCAGAUUUUUGUGCCCAGAUUUCAACGUCUUUGCAGUAACUCAUCAAUAUCUAACUUUUGGCACCAUUCUUGGACCCCUGUACUAUUUUCACUGGUUUUGAUAAGGUUGUUGUUUGUCAUGUUGUUUUGUCAGUUGUCAAAAAUCCGAUUUCAUAUGGCUUCUGGCUGUGCAGACUACCAAAAAUCAUUCUGGAUACAAUCCGGGAUGCAAUGAUUAGUUUAGAGAGUUAAAAAUGUUGAUUUUGUACAAAUUUGUUGACUCCAAAAAAAAAAAAAGGCACAUGCUAUUUGCACC